UGAUGGAACAAUGGCCAAUACGCUCGCUUUCUGUGACCAGCAUAGCUUUACACAUGGGACGUAAGCCACAAGCAUGAUGCGUAUGCCUAUCUACGGUCGGAGGUCAAACCCAGACUGCAGUGCAGGGUCGCAACUUUCUCACCCAGCAUGUUUAUAUAGUGGAAUCUCUAGGUCCUAGGGCAAAAUAAGCUGCUCUGUAGGGAUAGGUAGCACUGAUGGCUCGAAGCGGAGCUGUUGAGAUGCGCGAAGGCGCCGAGGCUUUGCUUGCGAUGGAUGUCAGCGACGAAUUUUUGCAGUAUGAGCUUCCUGCUGGGGAGAUGCCAACAAUUCCAAAGGGUGCUGAGGACAUGGCAAGAUCCUUCGAGAAACAGUUAGCAGCAACACAACUGGUCCAGCAGCGGCUGCAAAAACAGUUUAACGAACUUUCCGAGGAAAAGGGGGUCCUAGAGACUAGCCUAGAAAUGGAGAGAGCCGUUCGGCAGCACAAGCAGCUUCAGCUGGGUGUCGUACACGACAAGGCCGACUGUGCAUGCAAUGCGGCGGAGCACUCACAGCGGCAGUUGAAAGAGGCGUUCGCAUCUGUGCAGGACAUGGCCGCUUCCGUAACUCAGUUAGCGGACAUGCUGGAUGCUUCAGGCGCCUCUCCAGAACUCACGGAAAGCUUUAAGGCUGUGGCACGCAGCACGCAGCGGACAUUCGACGCCGUAACUGCAGCGCAAGCGGACAUCCAUGCAGUCCUGGACAUGCAGUUGGAAGUCAAGGAGGCUUGCCUUCAGUUGACGCCGCUCACGCCGGCGUCGUCUGUGGCGGCAGGGCUCCCCAGGGUGGCGGAUGCGCUCAGGGACUUGGAAGCGGAUGCCCUGAGGUUGCGGCAGGAGCUGGAGGAGACCAGGGCGCGUGAGGCGAAGCUUGCCUUGGAGCUGCAGGCUGCUCAGAAGCUGUCCAGCCUGUUCAGGGAGCUGGAGACUGAGGUGAUCAACCUGCAGCAGGAGCAGGCGCAGGCAGCCAGCAAGCUGCAGACCUCCCAUGAGGAGAUGCUGGCUGCACGGGCGCAGCUCGCGACCCUGGAGCGGGAGCUCGCUGCCACUAAGUCGCCCACCGUUGAGCUCCUGGCGCAGAGCCUCCUGAAGCUGGACGCCCACUCGGCAAGUGUCCAGGAGUUCCUCGAGGGGCUCUCCAUGCCGACCCCGGCGGACUCCGCAAGCAGCCCCGCACAGGACGUUUCAGGUCUAGCAGCACUCAACGAGGGCGAAGACGCUGACGUCAGCCUUGAAAAGCUGCGGGAGCUUGUCAGUGCGCUUCAGCUGCAACUGAAGGCCAAGGAUGACGAGGUUCGUGCCGCACGCUAUGCCUCCUCCUUCAUGCGCCACCGCGCCGAAACCAAGCUCGGCCAGCACCCCAGCGGAGGAGGGGUCCAGGAGUCCCCGGUGGCAGCGUCGCUGUGGCCCUCGCUGCUAGCGGAGCUGCAGGCCCUGACUCCCAGGGACGUGCAAGGGAGUGAGGGCGAGCCCGUCAGUCGUGCGCCGUCGCCGAUCUAUUCCUGCAGGCUUGCCGCUCGCUCGCAGGCGCUUCAGUCACCAGCUACCACCACCACGGACGGGUUGUCCACUGUCCAGGUGGCACUGAUCGCCGCUGAGCGAGAGGUGAUCUCGCUCCGAUCGCAGCUGCAGCACCGCCAGCAGCACAUCAAGCUGCUCGAGCACCGCCUACUAGAGCAAUCGCAGGAUGUGGUGGCCAUGUGCAACCGCGGAGACCCCACCGCCUUCGCGGCCAGCCCCGAGGGCUCCCGCAGAUCAUCGUUUGCGGAGCGGCGGCGCCUGGUGAUGGGCACGGAGGUGCUGCCGCCGCAGAAGGCCUGGGGCUUCGAUGGUGACGUUACCAGCGCCACCGGCAAUGUUGCAUCACAGAUGCGGCCACAGGAUCCUCCAAGGCGGACCAGCGUUGGCACCGGACGCGGUCUCCCACCGCCAAUCGCGGAAUCGGAUGAUGGCUCGGAACACCCGGAUGCACUAGCCGUCGCUCAGAUGCGCAUUCAAGAGCUGCAGAACGAGCUACAUGGCUCUCAGCUUCUGACGGCUCAGCUACUCGAGUCCGCUGCGGCCUCAGACGCCGCCGUCGUCCAACGCGACGUGGCCCUCCAGCAGCUGGAGAGGCAGGUUGGCAAGUACCGCGCUGUGCUGGCCGCUGCAGCAGGCGGCGGCAAGCCCCGGGAGCAGCAGGCGACCAGCAAGGAGCAACAGGUUGCGGAUGACGGCCCCGCGGCUGUUCCCACCAGCCCACACUCCGCUGCCUCCCCGCAUGCGCAGCCGCAGCUGCCUCUCCUAGACGAGUCAUCUAGCAGCCUGGGCAGCCCCCGCAGCCCCCGCGUCCCGCGCCUAACGCUGGAGGACUUGCCCGUGGAAGGCGCCAUCCGAAGUGGCGCCGCAUCCUCUACCAAGGCCAGUCCUCGCGAUGAGCCCCGUCGUCGUAGCGAUUCACCAACUCCGUUUAGGCUCAGCUCUGGCGGGCUGCUGCCCUUCCAGCGGGCGCCUACGGAUGACGGUGCAGGCAGCGCGCGGCUGGUUGCCUUCCCUGGGGGAGUGGCCUGCGGUGUCGUAGAGGAGAAGCUUGGAGGAAGAGGAGGUCCCGGUCAGGCGCCCGUUGCAAUGGCCGGUGCUGACGAGGCAGAUGCGCUGAAGCGUCAGCUUGAGGAGGCCGCACAGAUGCUUGGACUGACACAGGCUGAGCUGAUGCACAGCACGGGAGAGCUGGCGAGACUCCAGGCCCAGCUGGGCGACCUCAGUCGGCCGGAGGCUGCUCCCCAGGCAGCCGGCUCCCCCGGCGGCGGCAGCAGCAGCAGCGACUCGCCGCCAGACGCGUCAAGGGCGGCUUCGGUGACCCGGCUGCAUGUCAAGACGCCGGCUGCGCGUCGACUGUCCUUCACGCAGUUGGAGGAGGACGUUCGGCUGGGCGGCGGGCUGGGCGCCAGCACGGAGAGGCUGCAGGCGCUCACGGAGCAGCUGCAGGAGGUGCUGCAGCUGCUGCGAGCCAGCCAGGAGCGUGCGCUGAGCCUCCAGCAGGCGGCAGACGCCAAGGAGGCGGCCGUGCUGCGUCUGUCCGAGCAGUUGCGGGCCCUUUCAACAACCCAGGAGCCGGCGACGCUGGGCGCAACCGCCUCUGCCGACAGCGCCGCACCCCUUGCUGGUGCCGCAAGCGGCAACCUGGCCACCCCGCCAGCAGCUGGCAGCCCGGUGUCACCACUUGCAGGCAUCACGGGGGGGCCCGGUGCGCACGCCUACACACCCGCGCUUGUCAUGAACCCCACGUUCCACAAUGAGGGAGCGUCGGCCAUGAGCGGAGGGAGCGAGGGGAACACCUUCCGUACCCCCACUGUCGCCGGCUCGGCUGCCGGCGGCGCCCCCAGCCAGCGUGAUGGCGCCGCCACAACUGUGCACCGGAACCUGCUGUUCGAUGAUGCCGGCAGCACAAAGGAGGCCUCUGUUUGGGGCCAUGGCACAAGUGCCAUGACCGAGAGCGCGGGCAGGAACAGUCUCGGCGGCUUCAGCGGCGUGGAAGCCGGGGCCACCACCUCUCCGGCCGCUGAGGCGCUCGGCCAUGCAGCGGAGGGCGCCGGCCCCGCCCAGAACGUUGCCCAGCUGCUGGCUCAGAUCGGGGAGCUGCGUCGCGCGAACGCCGAGUUGCAACGCAAGCUGGCGGAGGUUGCUGGAGGCGCCACUGGCUCCUCAGCUCCCAUCUGGCCCAUGUCGUACACGGCAGCCGGGAUCCAAGCCAGGGCUUCCUUUGAUGCAGCGGCUUUGCAGGCGCAGGAGUCGUUGCCACUGCCAGAAGGCGUGAGGAGUCUGCCCCCGUUGGCGACUUCACGUGCUCCCUCCCUGCCUGUGGCGGCUUCGCUGCCGACCUCGCCUUUGGGGACGCCUGGGUCCAACCUUGCGGCUCGGUGGUCGGGUGAUGGGCGCUCCUUGGGAGCUGCAGACGUUGCCGGUCGGCAGUACGCGGCAAGCGUUGUGAGCGACCUGGGCAGCGAGCUGUCGCAGCGUGUUGUGGAGCUGGAGGAGGAGAUGAUGACGGAGCGCAACAGCUUCGCGGACCAGCUAGCGGGCCUCAAGAGGGCCAAGCGGGAUCUGGAGGCAAGGGUGAAGGAGUUGAUUGAGGAGCUUGGAUUGAAGGCGCAGCACAUCACGCAGCUCCAGGAGGCCAAGGGCUCUCGCGGCCAGAAGGCAGCCGAGCAGCUGGUCUCCGACAUGCACAAGACUGUGGCGGGGCUCACAAAGGAGGUUGCUGACAGGGAUGCUACCAUCCGUUCACUCGAGGGCCGAGUUGAGGACCUGGAGGAGGCUCAGUCCCGAGCCACUCGGCUGGUGUCGGCGGAGAUGUCGGAGCACAAGCAGCGGCUGGAGGCGGCGGCUGCUGACAACCAGGCGCUGCGGGAGCAGCUGGAGCAGGCGGAGCAGGCCGCAGCGGAGCUGGCGGAGGCGCAGCGGCAGGCGGCGGAGGCGGCGGCGGCGCUGCAACGGGACCUUGACACCGCGGCGGGCAGGAGCAGGGAGCUGGAGGAGCAGGUGGCGGCGCUUGAGGCGGCGCUGCGGGGUGCUGAGACGGCUGCUGAGGCCGGGGUGAAGGAGGUUGAGGGGCUGAAGGCGCGGGUGGAGGAGCUGGAGGCGGAGCUGAAGGACGCAAACAAGCGCAUUGUUGCCAGCGAGCGCGACGCCGAGGCCAGCAAGGAACAGGUUGCCGAGCUGCAGUCCAAGGCGCAGGACCAAGCCCUGCAACUCGAGGAGCUCCGUGACCUGCACCAGCAGCUCCAACAAGACAAGGCUGAAGCCGAGGCCGCCCUUUCCGAGGCACGGCAGCGUCUGGAAGACGCCGAGCUGCAGGCGACCGAGCUGCAGACCCGGCUUGGCGCAGCAGAGGAGCGGUCCCGAGAGGCUGAGGCCGCGGCGGUUGAGGUCGCCUCGGAGCUGCAGGCUGCUGAGAAGGACCGUGACCAGCUGCGGGAGCGUGUGGAGGGCAUGGAGCAGGCCGCAACGGCUGCCAAUGAGCAGCACGCGCAGGCUACGGAGACCCUGAUGCAGCAGCUGGCAGCCGCGGAGGAGCGCGAGGCGGCGCUGGAGGAGAAGCUGCGGCUGGACAAGGAGCAGCGGAAGCGGCUGGCGGAGAAGCUGGCGGAGGCGGAGGAGCAGGCGAAGCACAUGGGCGAAACGGUUGCGGAGGCUCUGGAGCGUGCGGAGCAAACUCGGGUGGAGCGGCAUGCUGCCGAGGAGGCGGUGCUGCAGGAGCUGGAGGCCGCACGAGACCAGCUGACCGCCGCCGUGGACGCCCACCGCAGCAGCACCCUGGAGGCCGCGCAGCUGCAGCAGCAGCUGGAGCAGCUGCGGACCGAGCUGUCCGCCGCGGUGCAGUCCGCCUCGCUGGCCGCCGCCAAGGAGGCGGAGCUGGCGCUGGACCUGCAGGUGCUGCGGGCCGGCAAGCUGGCGGCGCAGGCGCACCAGGAGCAGGCGGCGGCAGCGCACGAGCAGGCGGCGGCGCGUGUGCGGGAGCUGGAGGCGGCGAACCAGCAGCUGGCGGCGCAGGUGCGGGAGCUCGCCAACCAGCAGGCUACGGCGCAAGCGCGGGUGGAGGAGCUGGUGGCAGCUAGUGAGCAGGCACAGGCGGCCCUGCAAGUCGAGGCGCAAGGGCACGCUGAGGAGCUUCUUGCCGAGCAGCUGCGGUCGAAGGAGCGGGCUGAGGAGUUGUUGGGAGAGCUGGAGCAGGCCCGGGGCUGCGUGGAGGCCUUGGCAGCAGCGCAUGAGCAGGCGCAAGCGCGCCUGGCUGACCUUGCUACGGCCCAACAGCAGGAGCAGGCGCGUGUGGCAGAGCUAACGGAGGCGCACGAGCAGGCGACGGCGCGUCUGGCGGAAGCAAAGGAGGAAUGUGAGCAGGCGACGGCGCGUCUCGCAGAAGUCAUUGAGGAACGCGAGCAGGCGCAGGCGCGUGAGGCUGCACUAUCGGCGGAGCACGAACAGGCGACGGCGCGUCUGGCGGAAGUAACAGAGGAAUGCCAGCAGGCGCAGGCGCGUGUGACGGAACUAACGGAGGCGCAUGCACAGGCGACGGCGCGUGUGGACGAGCUCUCCGAGGCUCAGGAGCGAGCGCAAGCUCUAAUUGCGGAGCUGACGUCAGCACUGGAGCAGACGCAGGCGCGUGUGGAGGAGCUGGUGGCUGCUGGCAAGGAGGCCCAGGCGAAGACGGAGGAGCUCACGGAAGCGUGUGAGGAGGCCAAAGCGCGCGCGGCAGACCUGCAGCAGCAGCUGGACUACGUGGAGGAGCAGGCGAAGGACACGGAGCAGGGGCUGCGCGAGGAGGUUGAGGUGCUCACGGCACGCAUACGUGAGAGUGAGGAGCGGCAUGCAGCUUUGCAGGCUGAGGAGCAGGAGCAGUCACGUGCGCGUGCUUCACUGAGUCAGGAGCGGGAAGGUGCUCUGCAGGAGCAGCUCGCCUCCACCCAGGCGGCGUUGGACGUCGCACAGUCGCAGAACAGCCAGCUCGCUUCGCAGCUCCGGGCCAUUGCAAACAGUGUCGCCCUGAAUGCUCGCAGCACCUCGAGGAAUGCCCCAGGCGGCGACGGCCUCCAGGACACAGCCUCCAACGAGCUGGACGGCUCCACCAGUGCUGCAGCUCCUCCGGCGUCACCACCUCGUAGCGCCUCAGCCACCACCCCGCUUACCUCGCCAACUGACCUUCAAGCAGGUGCUUGUCGGCGCUGCCAGGUCCGCCGCUGCGGCCCUUCACCCGAGCGCCCCCGUCCAGGCGGCCCUGGCAGCAGCCAGUGGCAGCAAGGACGGAGGCUCAGCAGAGGCGGUUGCCGGAGGCCGGCCCGAUCAGCCGCCCCAGCAGCGUCAGGGGGGAGCGGUUGCAGGGCGGCCAUCGCAGCAGCAGCUUGGACUCUUGCAGCUCCUGCAUCCGGAGCAGGACUCGGCUGCGGCGGAUUCCGUCUCCCUGCUGUCACGCUCCUCCAUCGGAGCUAGCGAGGAAGGCGGCGGCCUCAAGAGCGCGGGUGCUUCCGGUGCGGUUUCCGGCUCCGACAUGCCGUUGACGGAUGUGGCCGCGGCCGUGGAACAGUGCUUGGCGGAUCUCCAAGAGGAGGCCCGCAGCCUGCAGGAGCGCCUGACUGCUUCCGCGGUGGAGCUGGACUGCCUGCGCAAGCUGCUGCAGGACACCGCUGCGGAGGCCGCCGCAACCACCCAGCAGGCGGCGGUGAGCGAGGCGGCGCGGGCGCGGCUGGAGGCCAGUCUGGCGGAGCAGCGUGCGGCGCUGGAGCGCGCGUCGGAGCGCGCUGCGGGUGCUGCGGUGGCGGCUGCGGCUGCCGAGGCGGCCCGGGCGGAGCUGGCGGCGGAGCUGCGGCUGCUGGCGGAGCAGCGGGCCAGCCUGGAGGACCAGCUGGGGCAGGCCGCUGCGCAGCGAGAACAGCUGCAGGAGGAGCUGGGCAGCGCUGAGGCGGCACGGGAGGAGCUGGAGGUGAAGCUGGGUGAGGCGCUGGCCGCUCAGGAGCACCUGCAGCGGCAGCUGUCGCAGGCCACGCAAGCGCAGACCGGCAUGCAGGUCCUCAUAGAUGACCUACGGAGGCAGUUGGAGGAUGCCGAGGCCAGGUGCGCGAGUGUGGAGCAGGAGCUUGACGAGGCCAGGCGCACGAACGACCAACUGGAGGACGAGCUGCUGCGCCUCUCCGCUGCCGAGGACACGCUGCAGCGGGGGCUGCGGGCCGCGGAGGAGGAGGUGCAGCAGCGGGCCAGCCGGGCGCUGGAGCUGGAGGCGCGGCUGGUGGGCGCGGAGGGCAGCUUGGCGGCUGCGCAGGCGGCAUAUGUGGCAAUGAAGGACAAGCUAUGCGAUGCGCUGCCCCAAGCAGCCGCAACACAAGAGCCCCGAAGCGCCCCAGCUGAUGCGGAUGUGGGCCCCGACUGGCCUGUUGUGCAGCGGCAGUUGUCCGGCGUGCUGGCUGCCAAGGCGACAGCAGACCAAGACCUUGCGGCCGCCCGGGAGCAGCACGCCGAGCUGGCGGGCGCCAAGGCGGCGGUGGAGGACCAGCUGGCGGCCCUCUCCGAGCAGCUGCAGCACUUGUCCGCCUCGCACCGCCAGCUGGAGUCGCGGCUGGCCGAGCUGUCCGCUGCGCACGAGGAGCUGCAGCGGCGGCACGAGGAGCUGCUGGCGGCCAAGGAGCGCGCGGACAGGCAGCUGGCGGAGGCGGUGGGCGCGGUGGCGGAGCAGCGCAGCAGCCUGGAGCAGCAGGCGGCGGUGGUGGCCACGCUGUACCAGGAGCGCGAUGAGGUGGUUGGCGCCAGGGCCGAGCUCCAGGAGCAGCUUGCCGCAGCGUCUGAGGAGCUGGUGGCCGUCACUGCGCGGCUGGCUGCUGCUUCUGCUGACAUGGAGUCGCUGGCUGUGGCCAAGGCGCACGUGGACCAGCAGCUGUCAGACACCGAGAUGGCGAGGCUGGCUGUGGAGCGGCAGUUGGGAGAGGUGCUGGAGGCGAAGGUGGACCUGGAGGGGCAGCUGGCGGAGAGCUCUGCUGCCAAGGCGCUAGCAGACGAGCAGCUGGAUGCCCUGCAUGCUGCCGAGGUCGCCCUGCAGCAGCAGCUGGUGCAGCUGCAGGCGGCUGCCGAGCAGGAGCGCCUCUCCUCUGCUGACGCCGUCGCCGCCAUCGAGGCGAGGCUGGCUGCGGCGGUGGCGGAGAAGGGCGAGCUGGAGGCUCAGCUGGCGACGGCGGCGGCCGCUCAAGCGGAGGCUGACAGCCAGCUGGAAAGUCUGGCGGCGCAGAAGGCCGAACUACAAGAGCAGCUGAACGCGGCGCAGGAGGCGCGGGCACAGCUGGAAGGGCAGUUGGGAGCUGCCAGGGAGCAGCACAGCAGUGAGGUCAGCGCUCUGACAGAGCGGCUGGCGGCCGCGGCUGGCCUGCAGUCGCAACUGGAGGCCGAGCUGGCGGAGUCCCGCAGCGCCGCUGCCGAGCUGGAGGCGCGGCUGGCCGCUGCGGAGGCCGCCGGGGCCGCCCUGGAACUGCAGCUCAGGGAGGCCGAGGCCGCGCGGGAGGGCGUGGAGGCGGAGCUGGCCAGGGCGCGGGCCGCCAUGUCCGAGCUUGAGCCCCAGUUCGCGGCGACCGAGGAAGCGGUGGAGUCCAUGCACCAGCGGCUGGUGGAGGCGGCGGAGGCGCGGGCGCAGCUGGAGGAGCAGCUGCAGGCGGCGGAGACGAGCCGCGCCGCGCUGCAGGAGGAGCUGCGCCAGGUCGGCACUGCGCGUGACGCGUUGGAGGAGGAGUUGCACAAGGCGAAUGGGGCUUGUACCUUCCUUGAGUCGGAGCUGAAGGAGGCCCAGGAGGCGCGAGCGGCGGCGGCCGCGGAGCUUAAGGCCUUGAAGGCCGCCACUGCUGAACUAGAGCAGGAGCUGGACAGGGCCAGAAGUGACUGCGGAGAGCUUGCAACGCGCCUGGAGGAGGCGAUGAACGCCCGGGCGGCUCAGGAGCGGCAGCUGCAUGAGGCAUGGGACCGGGAGGGAGAGGCCACGCGGGAGCUUGAGCUCAAGAACGGAGCCCUAUCCGAGCUGGAGGCUCAGCUAGCGGCCGCGCGGUCGCAGGUGCAGGCGCUGAUCGUGUGCAGCGUGGAGCUGGGUCGGGAGGGCCAGCAGCGGGAGGCGGCGCUGCGGUCCGCGCAGGAGGCGGCGGCAGCAGCCGGCGGAGAGGCUGCGCGGCUGCAGGCCGAGCUGGCGGAGGCGGUGGAGCGGCAGCGGGUGCUGCAGGCCUUCGCGGAGCAGUGCAGCGCGGAUGUGGCGGCCAUGGCGGAGCAGCUGGCUGGCGCUAGGGAAGCUUUGUCGGAUAGCCAAGCCCGUGAGGCUGAGCGUGAAGAAGAGGUGGCUGCUGGUCGUGGCCGUGUGUCGGAGCUGGAGUCCCGGCUGCAUGCGGCUGAGGGCGAGUGUGCGGCGGCGCAGGAGCAGCUGGAGGCGCUCAACCAGCAGCUGGCGGCGGUGGCGGACCUGCUGGAGGAGUCGGGGAGCGGCAACACGCAGAUUGGGUCCAGGGACGCUCCUCGUGCCCCGCCGCCAGCGGACGGCGACCACCCGCCAGCGUUCGGCGGCUUCAUGCCAUUCGGCAACUCAGCCGGCAGCGAGGUGGGCAUCGCGGUUGCGGUUGCGGAGCUGCGUGACAGUCUGCUGCAGCGGGCAGCAGCGGCCGAGCAGGCGGCGGCGGAGCGCGCAGCCCGCACCGCCGCGCUGGCUGAGGCCCUGGAGGCGGCUCGGCAGCUGGUGGCGCAGCAGGAGGCGGAGGCGCAGCGGUUGAGCUCGGAGCUGGGUGCGGCUGCGGAGCGCACGGAGCAGCUGGAGCGGCAGCUGCGGGACAAGGAGGAGCAGUGCGCGCAGCAGGAGGCGGCCAGGGUGGCGGCUGCUUUGGAGGUGGAGGCCGUCAAGCAGCGCCUGCAGGCUCGUGUUGACAGCGCUGAGGCUCGAGCCAAGGACUCCCAGAACCAGUUUGAGGACUACAAGGUCAUCAUCAGCCACCGCUGCUCAGCGCUGGAAGCCGAGCGCGACGCAGCCAUCGCGGCCGCCGAGCACGCCUUCGCCGAGCGCAACGCCUCGCGGCUCUCCCUGUCGGCCGCGCAGUCUGAGGCGGCAGAGCACCGCAGCCGGCUGGCUGCAGUGGAGGCGGAGCUGGGCCGUGUUGAGGCGCGCAUGUCGGAGCUGCAGGCGGCCAUCGGAGCCUCGGAGGCGCAGGCGGAGCAGCUGAGGGCCGAGUUGGCGGAGCGGGGGGCGCAGCUGCAGGCGGAGGAGGCGGCCAGGGAGGCGGCGGAGCGGGAGAGCCAGGCGCAGACGGAGAUGGCGGCGGCGCGGGAGCAGCAGCUGGCGGAGUUGCAGCAGGCGCUGGAGGAAGCGCGCGGGGAGCUGGCGGCGGCGGCCGAGCAGCUGGAGGCAGCUGGAGCGGAGGCGGAGGAGCUAAGGUCUGAGCGCGAUGAGGUGGUGCGGUCGCUGGCGGAGGUGGAGCAGCAGCGGGAUCAGACGCAGGCGGCCCUGGACGCGGCACGGGGUGAGGUGGAGGCGCUGCUGCAGCAGCUGGACGUGGGCCGGGAGGAUGUGCUGGCGGCGCAGCAGCAGCGGCACGGCGCCGAGGCCAGGCUGGCGGAGGUGGAGGAGGAGCUGAUGGACGCGGUCCGGCGGCUGGCCAUGGCUCAGGAGGAGGCGGCGGAGGCGUCUGCAAAGGCCGCCAGGGCUCGUGAGGCAGCUGAGGAGGCAUCCCGGGCUCGAGCGCUGCUGGCGGCGGAGGGAGCUGAGAGCUACCGCGCUCUGGCGACUGAGCAUGAGGCGGUGCGGGGCGACUUGUCAGAGGCCCGGGCGCAGCGUGAUGCCGCACUGCAGCAGCUGGCAGCCGUGCGGGAGGUGCUGGCAGACGCCGAUCCAACAGACAACAGCGGCUACAGCACACCCACCGCCGGCAGCAGCUCCCCCGCUGGACUUCGCCUGGUGCCCAGAAGCCCACGUCAGCAGCAACAACAACAGCAGCAACAGCAGCAGCGCCUGCCAGCCCUGGUGCCCGCCUCACGUGCCGGUGAGGCGGCGCUCGUCGCCUCGCACCUGCGAGCCCUACGCGACCGUGCGGACGCCGCCUCCCGCCGCUCCGAAGACUUACAACGCCGGCUGGAGGGCGUUGAGGCGCACCUCACCUCGGAGCGCGCGGAGGCGCAUGCCAUGCGCGCCCGGCUGGAGCUGCACCUCGCCUCCACACGAGCCGAGCUGGAUGCGGUGGCGGCGGAGCGCACCGCGGCGCUGCAGCAGCUGGCGGCGGCGCGUACGGAGCUGGCGGAGGCCACCCACGAGCGCGCUGCGGUGGAGGAGCAGCACCGCGCCGCGGAGCAGCUAGUCGCCGGGCUGCGGCAGCAGCUGGCGGCGCUGAGGCAGCAGCUGGUGGAGGCGGAGUCGCGCGCGCGCAGCGGCAAGGCGGAGUUGCUGCAUGCGGAGGCGGUGAGCGGCAAGGCGGAGGAGGCGGUGGGUAGGCACCGCGCGGAGCUGGCGGCGGCGCAGGCGGAGCUGGCGGCGGUGGUGGCGCAGCGGGAUGCGCUGGAGGACCAGCUGGCGGUGGUGCUGCCCACGCUGAGUGCCACGCAGGCGGAGCGGGAUGCGGGUGUACGGCAGAUCUCGUCCAUGCGGGAGGACCACGUGACGCUGGAGCGGCACCUGGUGCCGCUGGAGGAGCGCGCCGAGGCGUUGGAGCAGCAGGCGGAGGAGCUGCGGCAGCAGCUGGCGGAGGCGGAGGAGCGCGUGCUGGCGGAGCAGGCGGAGGCGGAGGCGCUGCGCACGCGGCUGGAGGUGCAGCUCAACGCGGCGCGCAGCGAGUAUGCAGCCGCCGCGGCGGCCCGGGAUGCCGCCACGCAGCAGCUGGCGUCGCUGCGGGCCGAGCUGAUGGACGCGACGGGCGCGCGCGCGACGUUGGAGGUGCAGGCUCGCGGGCUGCAGCAGCGGCAGGAGCACCUGCAGCAGCAGAUCGCCAUGCUGCAGGAGCACGUGGGCACAGCGGAGGCGCGGCUGAAUGCGGAGCGUGCGGAAGUGCACGCGGCACGCACGCAGGCUGCAGCCGUACGUGCGGAGCUGGCAGCGGUCAUGGCGGAGCGUGACUCGGCAGCCAACCAGGUGUCGAUGCUGCGGUCCGAGGUGGCCGCCGUACGGGCGGACCGGGACGCCGCCGUACAGCACCACAUGCUGGCUGCCAGUGCCAAGGCGGCUUUGGAGGAGCAGGUGCGCUCGUUGGAGGGGCUGACGGGACAGAUGCAGCAGCAGCUGGAGGAGCAGCUGAGCCGGCUGAGGGGUGAGGCGGCGGCGACGGAGUCGGAGCUGGCGGCGGAGCGGCGGGGUGCCGCGGCGGCACAGGCCGCGUUGCGGGAGCAGCUGGCGGCCGCCAAGGCGGAGCUGGCGGCGGCGCUGGCGAACAACAAUGUGGUGCAGCAGCAGGUGGCGGAGGUGAACGAGGAGCUGGCGACGCUGCGGCGGGACCUGGCGGCCGCCACCAAGGAGCUGGCCAGCCAGCAGAGCGCCUCGGAGACACGGGUGGGCGAGAUGCAGGCCAAGGUAGCCGCCGCUCGCGCCCAGGCGGCGGAUGCGGCAGCGCAGGUGGCCCGGUUGGAGUCGGAGCUGCGGGUCAGCGGCGGCGCGCUGGAGGCGGCGGAGCGGCAGCUGGCCGAGCGGGAGCGGGAGGCGAAGGCCAUGGUGGCGGGUCUGGAGGGCGCGCUGGAGGCCACUCGGGCCGCACUGGAGGCGGAGCGGGCGAGGGCGCAGGAGAAGGCGCAGGACCUGCAGCAGCAGUUGCAGGCGGCCGAGGCGGCGGAGGCGGCUGCUCGGUCUCAGCUGCAGCAGCUGCAGGACGAGUUGUCGUCGCUGCGGGGCGCGCAGAUGGCGGCGCAGGCCUCCGCGGGGGCCCAGGUGGCGUCGCUGCAGGAGGAGCUGGGUCAGAUGAAGCGCGCGCUGCGGGAUGCCAAGGACGCCUGGGAGACGCAGCUGCAGGCUGCCAAGGAGUCUGCCGCUGCUGCCCAGCAGCGGGCCGCCUACCUGGACUCGCAGGUGGGCAGUGCGCGGGAGGCGGAGGCGGAGGCGCGGCAGGCGCUACUGGAGGCGCGGCGGGAGCUGGGGCGGCAGGAGGCGGUGGCGGCCAGCCGCAUAGCCAGUCUGGAGGCCGGUCUGUCUGCAGCCCAGGAGCUGGUUGCCGGGCUGGAGGGGCGGCAGCGGCGGGUGGAGAGCGCCAACAGCGCCGCGGAGAGCGAGGUGGCGGCCAUGGGGGAGCGGCUGCGGGGAGAGCGGGAGCACACUUCUCGUCUGGAGCAGCGGCUGGAGUCGCUGGCGGGCGAGGUGGCGGGGCUGCAGGCGGAGCUGGCGGGGGCGCGGGAGACGCUGGGGCGCUACGAGGCGGGCGCAUGCAGCGCGGAGGCUGAGAUGCGGCGGCUGCACGAGGCCGCCACCCAGAGCGCCGCGGAGAACGAGCGACUGCGGCGGCAGCUGGACGGGCUGGUGGCGCAGCUGAGCCGGCAGACGCAGCAGCUGCGGGCGGCGGAGGACGACACGGCGCAGCUGAGGCAGGAGGUUGCCGCGCUCAACCCGCCCUCCAACCGCCGCUCCAACAGCGGCUCCCGGGGCCGCUCCUCGGAGCGCCGCUACUCCGCAUCCGGGGGCCGGGGGCCACCCGCGCAGCUGCCGCUCAACACAGCAGCAGGCGCCAACACCACCACCGCCGCCAACACCGGAGGAGCAGGAAGCGUUGGAGGAGGUGGAGGGGGCCCUACGGCAGCAGCCGCCGCACCGGGAGCUGCGGGAAGUCGUGUUGCUGAGCUGCGCGGUCUGCUGAGCGGCAGUGGCAGCGGCAGCAUCCUGGACGACUCGCUACUGCAGCAGCAGCAGCAGCAGCCGCUCAUCCUGCGGAAGACCUCGCAGCAGCACAACAACCUGCAGCAGGCAGCUGCACGCAUCGCAGCGGCAGCUGCAGCGGCGGGAGGCGGACCCAUGGGUCAGGGCCGCCUCAUGCUGCGCUCGGCGUCUGCGGAGCCCCGGCGCCCUGGAGGUGCAGGAGGAGCUGCCAACGUAACCGGGCCCGAGGGCGGCAGCUCGCAUGUGGCAGCCUCCGACAGGGCCCGGCAGCAGCAGCGGGGCGGCGGGGGCUCCUCGCGUCCCAGCAGCCCCGGUCGCGCGGCCGCCAGUGCGCUGCAGCAGCGGUUGAGCGACGAGGCUGCGCUGCUGCGGUGGGAGGUGGUGGCGGACAGCAGCCGCGUGAGGGAGCUGCAGGACAGGCGGGCGGCGGGAGUGCCCCUGAGUCGCUCCGAGUCCUCCGAGCUGGACCUGCUGGCGGCCCGGCUGGCGGCCCACCACGCGCGCAUCGCAGCCAUCAUGGACACUGUGAGAAACGCGCAGCAGCAGCAGCAGGGGCAGCAGGGGCAGGCGCAGGCGCCUCAGCGGCAGGGACAGCAACAGCAGCAGCAACCCGCGGAGCCGCAACCCGCCGCCCAGCAGCCGCAACAGCAGCAACAGCCACUCUACCAGCCCCACCCUCCCCCGCACCCGCCCUACCUCGCCCCCACCGCUGCUGCGCUGGUUACCGCAGUCGCAGCCCCACCCUCCGACCCCGCCGCGCCACCCAGCCCCCGCAAGCCAUCCGACGCCGCCGCACACAAGGGCGGCGGACCUCCUGCUGCAGGGCCUCCGCGGUUCUUCGAGUUGGAGUCCCGGGCAGACCCCGCGGAGCUGCCUCGCCGCGCCACCAGCCCCGGCAGCUACACACACAGCAACAGCGACAGCGUCAGUCCGCGCGCCUGCCCCGGCUCGCCCGCCGCCUCCGUCCGCAGCAUGCGCUCCACGCAGGCCGCCGUCAUCAGCGGCAGUCCCUGGUACCCGCCCGGUACCUCACCCGGGCACCCCCCGCACUCCUCCGCCUCGCCGGCGUCCGUGCAUGGCCGCGUGCUGAGCCCCGGCGGGGCGGCGGGGGACUCCCGCCUGAGCUCCUCCGCUCGGGCAGGCAGCGUGUACCGAGGUGCGGAGGGGCAGGGGUCAGCGAAUGGGAGCGGGAGCGGCGGCCUGGGAAUGGGAGGUGGGGCGUUUGAGGUCAGUGGGGAGUCGGCGGGCGCGGGUGGAGGUGCAGGCAGCGGUGGGCACUGGCAGCAGCAGCAGCAGCAGGGCAGUCGCUACCGCACCCCCUACCUGACGAUGCUGCAAGACAUGGCGGCGAAUGGCCAGGCGCCGGGAAGUGGCGGCAGUGGCAGCGGUGGAGUGACCCGGCGGGUCGGUACCGCGGAUGGGAACACGCAGCCCUAUCCGGUGCAUGGAGGGGAUGGGCCGUACGUUAUGUCGGCGGGUUUUGCAACGGGGCCUGUGCAUGGGCAUGGGCAUGGGCAAGGGGAGUAUGGCGGCGGCAGUGGUGGGGAGCGGCCUCGAGGGGCGGGUCCGCUGUUCAUGCCGUCCGAUGUGGGGCCCGCGUCGGGGCGACAUGUGUAGUGGAGCGGAGGGACGGGAAGGGAGAGAAGUGCGCUGAAUGUGACCCCGCUUCUUGCAAAGUAUGCGCUUUUGUCCGCUUUGGAUGUGGCAUGUUGGUCCUUGUUUACCGUAUGUCUAAAUGGCCCGCAUGUCUUACUGGGUAUAUGUUUUAGACAUUUUGCUGCCCUUGUGCACACCGGCUGUUGACUCGGCUUGGAGAAGCAGGGCGGCGGGGGUUGAUGGGGGCUCAUGGGCGCGCACUGCCGGAUAACGACAACAAACUGAGCGUGCGUGUUACGAUACGGUGAUACGGUCUUACCGUGUGAUCCUGAGGGGAUCUUUGCGUGGCUUUACCUUUAAAAUACGUAUACCUUGGAGACAACACUUGGAGAUAAACAACUUUGCUGCCUUGUGCAAUAGGGCAACAUGUGUUAAAAUAACUGGCCAUGUGUGUAUGCGUGCAUAAUAACGACUUUCGAAUCUCUAUUGUUCUCGGUUCCCUCCUGCAGUGACAGUUUGGAACUCUUAGCAUGAUGGCUCUGCGAUAGGUGGAGUGGAACCAGCACUGUGGUUGCUGCUCUGCAUUUCCCUUGCGUGUGAGGAUCGCGGUGCUGUCUCGAAUGUCGUACAUGAUUACAACUGUCAGGGUCACCGGUGCGCGUUAUGGCCCAUAUCGUCAUCUUGUCCCCGAACCACUGCCCCGGAUUCAAAGCAGUCGAGUGGGUGCCGUACUCGUGCAAUGACAUCCAUGUAACAGGCAAUAACAGCGGCGGCGUCAAUCCCAACUUCCGGCCACCAACGAGCCCACACCCAUAGUUCUUUCAAAGGAAUCGAAAUACACAUACCAAAUUAUUACGG